CCGAGGCUGGGGGCGGCGGUUGUUUCCCUGCUUUCAGCCCUGAUGUCUCUUUGAGGCGAGGCGGUUGCGUCGGAAGUGGCGGCGUCCGAGCUGGAUUCUGUUUUCUCUGGGGCCAUGGAGGGGAAGUCGAAAGUGGCCCCGAGCGUGGAUUUCGACCACAGUUGCUCGGACAGUGUCGAGUAUUUGACGCUAAAUUUCGGACCUUUCGAGACGGUGCACCGCUGGAGGAGGCUGCCGCCCUGCGAUGAGUUUGUGGGGGCCAGACGAAGCAAGCAUACUGUUGUGGCCUAUAAGGAUGCAAUCUAUGUGUUUGGAGGAGACAAUGGGAAGAAUAUGUUAAAUGACCUGUUAAGAUUUGACGUGAAGGACUGCUCUUGGUGCAGGGCUUUCACAACAGGAACUCCACCUGCACCUAGGUACCAUCACUCAGCUGUCGUGUAUGGAAGCAGCAUGUUUGUGUUUGGUGGCUACACUGGAGACAUUUAUUCCAACUCCAACCUGCAGAACAAGAAUGAUCUGUUUGAGUACAAGUUUGCCACAGGCCAGUGGACAGAAUGGAAAGUCGAGGGCAGGCUGCCAGUUGCAAGAUCAGCACACGGAGCCACGGUUUAUAGCGACAAACUCUGGAUAUUUGCAGGCUACGAUGGUAAUGCCAGGCUGAAUGACAUGUGGACCAUUGGCCUGCAGGACAGAGAGAUGGCAUGCUGGGAUGAGAUUGAGCAAAGUGGAGAGAUCCCUCCUUCAUGCUGUAACUUUCCUGUGGCUGUCUGCAAGGACAAGAUGUUUGUUUUCUCAGGACAGAGUGGAGCAAAGAUCACUAAUAAUCUUUUUCAGUUUGAAUUCAAGGAAAAAGUUUGGACAAGAAUUCCCACUGAGCACUUACUCCGAGGCUCCCCUGCCCCGCCUCAAAGAAGAUAUGGCCACACCAUGGUUGCAUUUGACCGACAUCUGUAUGUGUUUGGUGGUGCUGCAGAUAACACAUUGCCUAAUGAGUUACAUUGCUAUGAUGUAGACUCUCAGACAUGGGAGGUUAUUCAGCCCAGCCCAGACAGUGAGGGAAGCAACUUGUACACAGAGGCAACUUAUGAUCCUGAUUUUAUGAUGCCCAGUGGAAGACUUUUCCAUGCUGCAGCAGUUAUUUCUGAUGCUAUGUAUAUCUUUGGUGGGACAGUGGACAACAAUGUAAGAAGUGGAGAGAUGUAUCGGUUUCAGUUUUCCUGUUAUCCAAAAUGCACUUUACAUGAAGACUAUGGGAGACUGUGGGAGAACAGGCAGUUCUGUGAUGUGGAAUUCAUCCUAGGAGAGAAAGAAGAGAGAGUUAAAGGGCAUAUAGCAAUGGUCACAGCUCGAAGCAAAUGGUUAAGAAAGAAGAUCAUCCAGGCCAGAGAUCGGCUAAAGCAGAAAACCAAGCAGGAGAUGGCAGUUGGAGAAGAAAUAGCAAGCACUAAUGUGAAACCAGCAAAUUCCCAGCUUCAGCUGGAGGUGAUGAUCCGUGAAGCUGAGGCGCAACCAUUUGAGAUCCUGAUGCAGUUUCUCUACACUGACAAAAUCAAGUACCCACGGAAAGGUCACGUGCAGGAUGUCUUGCUGAUAAUGGAUGUUUACAAGCUUGCCUUGAGCUUUCAUCUGGCUCGGCUAGAACAGCUGUGCCUGCAGUACAUUGAGGCUUCCGUAGACCUUCAAAACGUGCUCACUGUAUGUGAGAAUGCCAAUAAACUGCAGCUGGACCAACUAAAGGAAUACUGCCUAAAUUUUGUGGUCAAAGAAUCUCACUUUAACCAGGUGAUAAUGACCAAAGAGUUUGAGUAUCUUUCACCCUGCUUAAUUGUGGAGAUUGUAAGAAGAAAGCAUCAGCCUCCGACACGGGUAAAUUCCGAUCAGCCUGUUGAUAUAGGCACAUCUUUGGUUCAGGAUAUGAAGAACUAUCUGGAGGGAGCAGGCAUGGAAUUCUGCGAUAUAACCCUGCUGUUGGAUGGUCAUCCCAGACCAGCCCAUAAAGCAAUCCUAGCUGCCCGUUCCAGUUACUUUGAAGCUAUGUUCCGAUCCUUUAUGCCUGAAGAUGGACAAGUUAAUAUCUCCAUUGGUGAAAUGGUGCCGAGUCGACAAGCUUUUGAGUCACUCCUUCGAUAUGUGUACUAUGGUGAAGUCAACAUGCCUCCGGAAGAUUCAUUAUAUUUGUUUUCAGCACCUUAUUAUUACGGCUUCACAAACAACAGACUACAAGCAUACUGUAAGCAGAACCUGGAGAUGAAUGUAACAGUGGAAAAUGUUUUGCAGAUUCUGGAAGCAGCUGAUAAGACUCAGGCUUUAGACAUGAAGAAGCACUGCCUCCACAUCAUUGUACAUCAUUUCACCAAGAUGUGCAUCUGGCACUCAUUUCCUUAAAUAUCUGUAGCUGCUUGGUUUGAGUCCAACUGUGCCCGAUCUCAAACUAUCAACACAAGCACCUUCGAGUUCUAGAUGUAAGAAUCAUAGUAUCCCGCCCACAUGGAAAGAGGCUAUUUGGCCCAUUGAAUCUGCACCAACCCUCCGAAGACCCGGCAUCCCACACUAUGCCCAUAACCCUACAAUAAUCUUCACAUCUCUGGAUACAAUGGGAAAUCUAGCAUGGCCAAUCCAAUUAACCUGCACAUCUUUGGACUGUGAAAGGAAACCAGAGCACCCAAGGACAAACACACAGACACGGGGAUAAUACGCAAAUUCUGCACACAGUCACCUGAGGCUGGAAUUGAACCCAGAUCCCUGGAGCUGAGGCAGCAGUGCUAACUACUGAGCCACCAUGCCACUUCAUGUCGCCCGUAUGUCUUUUCCUCUUCUCCACCCCCAUCCUGUUAUGCCCACUCGCGCGUGCUCAGGUUCUCUCCUCAUGUGCCACAAUAAAAUCCACACCCUCAUUCAGUUCAGUAUGUCUCUAGUAUGAUUCCUGCCCGAUCUCAAUCUAUCAACGCAAGCACCUUCAAGUUCCAGAUGUUAAAAUCAUAGAAUCCUGACUGUGCGGAAAGAGGCUAUUUGGCCCAUUGAGUCCGCACCAACUCCUUGAAGAGCAUCCCACCCAGCAAUCCACCCUGAAUGCAGCUACCCAGAAUUCUGCGGCUGAAUACUUUUUCACACAUUUGUCAUCCUCUGUGGUUUUGGUGCCUCUUUUGUAUCAACUUUAAAGCUCUUGGAAAUAAAUCCUUCCCAACUCAGCAGCCCUUGCAUGAGGGAACGAUAAUUUGAGAGGAGGAAUUGGCACUUGGGUUGCGCAAAAUGCAUUCAAGCCACAGCUUCAAACCAGUCUGGCCGAAGUCAAGUUGCUUCCAUGUUUUUGUGUAGCUUUUGAGUAUGGCUGAGACAGAUGAGGUGAAGGCAUUUAGUAUUAGCAAAUAUCAUUAUAUAUUGGACAAAAAACACAAACAUCCAUAACAUUUCCAUGUAUCAAGCAACAAACAUGUCAGGUUAUGUUAAUCUGACACUGUUUCGGGUCUUGAAUCAGUCAUUUUUGUCAGCGGCUUUCACAACACCUUUGGCACCAAACAAAACUCAUCUGUAUUUGCCCCUACCAGCAGUCUUGACUUUUAUCCCCUCUAAUAGAUGCGCCUUUAUACCAAUUCACAUGGAGUGCCCUUUGUUGCGAUCUAUUCCACUCCAAACUAGGUCUAAAUGCAACAGCAAGAAACCACACUUUUCUCCAUGUUUACCUUCAUGUGCGAAAUUCCCCAGUUUUGUGCCUGGCUCAGGUCAACUGGACACUACUUCUACUCCACCAAUUGCUCUGUAAUUGUACAUUUGCCAGCAGUAUCCAUUCUUGUUGCCUUUUCUUAUUUGUCUCUGAUCUAACUCCCAAACAGCUCAAGCUGAAAUUAAGAAUUGACAGUUUGCAGGAGCUUGAGUUCUGUUGCACAGUGAUAUUACACUCGAGUUCCUCUCCACUUCCGUUUCCUAUUCUCCAUAGAGAGAGGUGACAUCAAAGAUUCUUAAUAAUGAAAGAGAAAUAUGCUGCGGUUUACUCCAUGUAGUAUGACAAUAAUAUUAAGAUUUGCACCCAAGACAGUGCUUUAAGAAAAUGGGCCCAAAUAUUGAGAGAUGAGUAUUCCAUUGAGCAGUAGAGUUGUCACACUGACUGUUCCAGAUAUAAGGGUAGAGUCAAUGAAGGUCUUAUUCCACUAUCCUGAAAUGCUGAAAUUGCAAUGCACUUAUUUAGAAUUCAGUUUAACUAUAUGGAUUUUUUUAAAUUUGAAAUUUGUUUGAGAAUGCAAUAGACAUAUUUGGUGCAAAAGUCAGCUGUAUUCAGCACCAGAGUUUUACAAAUUUAACUAGUAUUCUCUUUAGUCAUUUGAUGGUACAGAACUUGAGUAUUGCUGAAAUAGGCAUGUUUUGUUGAAGCACAUCAGGAUACAUUGCAAGGGGAUAACCAAAAUUACUGCUGCAUGGGAAGAUAGUGCUGAUUGGUUGGCAAGUGGAUUAUCAUGUAGGGAGGAAUUUCCAUGGAAAAUGAUCUCUUUAACGCUGAUUGGUAGUUAACAGUCGGGCUGGAUUACAAUUUUAAAUUCGGCUGAUAGGUUGGAGCAAUGCCGUGAGAAAUGAACCAGUGAAUUGCUGUCAACUUUUUAAACCAUCAUUUGGCAUUAAUGGGUGCAUUCUCAUGGCAACAGUGCUACCAAUCAGAAUCUACUCCCUGCAUUCUCCCUUUAUAAUAAUAUAAACGAUAGUUUUUCUCCUCUUCAAUUUGUGAUCCGGUGAAAUAUGCUGAUGGGUUCAAGAUGAAAAGAUUUGACGAGGCGUAUCUUACUUUUAGCAAUACCUAAGUAUCCAUUGGUCUUAUCUCUGUUCAGAUCAGGACCUCAUUGAAUCAAUUUGAUUAAAAUUUAUAAUUUUUCUCCUCAUCAGUAUCAAAUGGUAUUGUGACAUUUGUAUGUUAAUGUGAAACAAAAUAUUCAUUAAAACUAAACACUUCAAGACACAAGUACGUUUUCAUAAACAUACUAUCUGUGAAUUUUGAAGGCUUAAAUAUGUACUUUUUUAAAAGUUCCUGAAACAUUCUGAAGGUGUAUACAUGACUGACGCAAACCCUUGAAUGUUUAAGCCAAAAUAUUUGAUUUUGCAGCAUUGUAUUUUGCCACAGGGAAAGAUGUAUCUUCGAUCUCAUUAGCAUCACUGUUCUGAAAUUGAUGUAUAAUCUGAUAUUGGUGCAAUUAUUGACUUCCUAUUUCAAAGUGAAACAUAUUUUCAACAUGUUAUUUGUAAAUCUCUGUGACUUGCUAUGCGAUUCUUCAGCAGAAGCAUUUCAACUGCAGGAUGUACAGCCUGCUCCAUCAAAGCACAUAUGGUUUUAAUGAAAUGAGGAAAAGAACGUCAUGUAAUUAAAUUGCCCUGUUUUUCGCUCUUUAACUCUGAGGUAAAUCAGUGUCUGCUGUCGAAUGCUUCUGCUCAGGUUAAGUGUCUUAUGAAUUUGGAAUAAUAACAAAAGGUUAUUCAAGAAACCUGAGAGAAUAUUGAGCACAUUGCAGAAAAUUUGAGGUUAGAUAACUGGAUAGUGAGACCAUGUUGAAAGUGUCCUGUUUCACUCUUUUAAAGAAAGAAUAAAGUCAGUGAACAAUGGAAAAUUAACAAUAUCCAGACUUUUACUGGUCUCAAACCCUUACUGCAUCCCUCUAGCCUUGUAAGCUACACACCUAUCAUCAUCCUCCCUUCCUUCUCCAAAGUCCUUGAAUCUGUUUGAAAUGUGUCCCCAUCAUUUCUGUACGUCAUGGGCUGAAUUUCCAUCUUGGAUGUGGGAACAUGAGCCAGGUCCAUUACUGUGUCCUCGGCCCACUCUGAGACACGGCUGUUGGGAGAAGCCAUUAAUCACCUGCAAUUUUGCAUCAUUUAAUUAACACGGAGGCAAGUUCCUUGCACAGUUGUAGGCGAUGGGUGCAAUCUCAAAGCUGGACGGCCAAUCAGAAGAGUUCCUGGCUGCAUAUAAAGGUAGUAACUGGGAGGGCACGCCAAUGAGAAGGUGCCCAAUCAAACACUUUUUAAGGCAUUCUUGCCUAAAAAAUAGGCACAAUGUUGCCAGGCCACCGAAAUGUAGUAGUCUGUGGAUAGACAUAGUUUCCACUAUACAGGUGGCCUUUGGCUGCAUCCUCAACCAGCACGUCCGCCACCCUGGCCUGUUCCAAUAGCAGCAAGGCUCAAAUUCAACCCAUGUUUAAAUUCCUCUGGUCAAAUAUCCAUCACUUUGCAAUGUUGAAAUGGCUGUCAUUAAUGUCACAAAUUGUAUCUUUUGUGAUUUUUCUCUCUUUGUGAUCUGUAUGUAGCCUUUGAUAUCGUUGAUCGCAGCAUCUCCUCCUUUGUCAUUCUAUCUUUAUUGUUAUAACUGAAAAAUCAUCUACAAAGCCUUCUCUACCUGCUCCUACAACAUUACCUCUGAAGUCCCCAUGGUAUCUACCUUUGACCACCACCUUUCUCGUCUACGUAUUGCCCAUUGGUCACAUCAGAUUCUACAUUUAUGCUGAGAAAUCACAGCUCUACCUUGGUACCAGCUCACUUGGUAUUCAGCCCCUCCAUAGCUUCUGAUUUCUUAUGCUGCUUGUCUGAUUCUGGAUGUACAAGCAUUUCUGAUUAAAUGUUUGAAGGCCAAAACCUGUUUCCUAAGUGAACUCUGUUUGCAAACCACUGACUCCGUCCUACCAUCUAACAAUUUGAGAGUAAACAAUCCUGACAUCACAAUUUUAAAAUUUUCGUCCGAUUUUCAAAACUUAUUUCUACUUUCUUUCAAGUCUGCAACCCUUGAGCUUUCUGCACUUUUUCAGUUCUGGCCUCUUGCACAAUCCCUAUUUUAAUACUUCCCCCAUUACCUCAGUCACCUAGAUUCUUAGUUCUAGAACUCCCCCAUUCACCUGUCUAAUGCUGAAAUCAUAUUAGGGCAUUUCAUAAAACCUACCCCUUUUGAACAAGUUUUCAUCAUCUGUGCUAAUAUCUCAUGUUGUGCAGUAUCAAGUUCCGUUUAACAAUAAUUCUGUAAAGCACCUUGGGAUGUUUUAUUACUUUAGAAGUGCAAUAAAAAUUUGAGUUGUUGGCCACAAAUAUUUACAUGAACCUCCUGACACCGAUUUCUGAUACUGUUCAGUAGUUCAUUUUGUUGUGUUGUAAAUAAAUAU